AUGAUGACUCCUUCGAUGGUUCUAUUGACUAUAGCAUUGGCUUUCGGUUAUGUUCAAAUUAUCAUCGCAGCAGAGUGUGGUGCUAAUGAAAAACGAGUCGACUGUGCUCGUGACAUAACUUGUCAAGCGACUUGUAAAGAGCCAAAUGGUAAAUUAUGUCCACGUAUGUGCAGUUUGAGUUCAUGUGAAUGUAAGGAUGGUUAUUUACGUGAUGAUAAUUUAAAUUGUGUUCCAAAAGGAGAAUGCCAUGCACGAAUAGUACGAGAUCAACCAGCUUGUGGUACGAAUGAAAUCGAAAUAGACUGUGCACCACUUGUACAGUGUCAACGAUCAUGUGAUCGACCAAAAGGAGGCGCUUGUCCACGAAUGUGUGCACUAAAUCGAUGUGUUUGUAAGCUUGGUUAUAUUCGCGUAUCGCGUACUAACCGAACAUGUAUAGAACAAACCGAAUGCGCACAAACAGUAAAUGCUCAAUGUGGUGAAAACGAAGAAUAUUCCAAAUGUGCUCCACAAUGUCAAGCCUCAUGUGAAAGUAACGAACAAGAACCUUAAAAUCAGAUCAAGCCCAAACUAGGUAUUCAUCCAUGUCAUGGGUGUCAAUCAGCAUUUUGUCUUCCACAUUUGAUGAAACAUCGACAGGAUUUGGUACAAAAACUGGAUGCAGUCAUCAUGCAACGCGAUGAAAUAUUCGAAACGAUCUUCAAUAGAUCAAGCAUGACUAAUGACAACAUGGGAAAAUCCCUAAACGAAAUCAGUGAAUGGGAGGAAAAGAUGCAUGAUGUUGUACAUCAAACUGCAGAGAAAACACGUGAGAACCUUCGUGUAGAAUAUUUGACGCGCUUCAAUGAAAUCAAAGAUCAAUACGACCAAUUCACGAAAGAAUUGACCGAAAAACGCGAAAAUGAUGACUUCUUCGAAGACGAUAUCGUGCAAUUGUCCACGAAAUUAGACUAUUUCAAACAAGAAGUCCGUCAAUUUCAUGUCAACCUUGAAUUUAAUCUAUUACCACACGAUGUUGAAAUUACCCAAAAGAAAAAAAACACAGUUUCUUAUCUAACUAGUUCGCAAUUACUAUGUGAACGUCAAGUUAUUUCAUUACACGAUCGAAAUUGUUUUUUUCUUGCAGCAUCCGACGUACAUAUACUUGCGUAUAUAUUAAGUAUCAAUCGUAAUGAAAACCGACUUGUUCUCUACAAUAUUUCUACUGGACAGGAACUUCGUUCUACAGAGCUUGACGUUCGACUUGUUCUUGUCUACGAUCCAGAACAGAUGACUGUGACACCGUUGAAUGAAGUUCAACCAAUUGAUGAACAUCCGUUAUGGUCAAUAACAGUGGCAUCGAAUACAAAUGAUGCUUUUCUUAGUGUCGAUAGCAAUGGUUUUAUCGAACGGUGGUCAACAGAAAGUCAUCCAGAUUGGAAAUUGAUCAAACGAUGGAAUGCAAAAGAUGUUGUUCAACCGACAGAUUCAGGCAUUCGCAUGAUACGAAUAUGUGAUACGAGUAAUCAGUUAGCUGGUCUUAUUCUUCAACAAGAUCGACAUUGGCGUAUUGACAUAUUUGAUUUUCAGUUACAUUUGAUACAUCACGGUCGAACGCUGAUGAUUUCUAAUGAAAUUGAGAAGCCUAGUUUUGGUUGUCGCAUUCUACUUCUUUCCAAUGAGAAUGAUCAAACAUGGUUAAUGAGUAAAUAUUCAUCCACCACUCGUCCAUCUUCAUCUUUAGAUCAAACAUCCCGACACGACAAUGAGCAUGAUCAAAAUCAGACAGUUGAAGUUCCGAUUACCAGGGUGUCUCAGUAUUCAUCGCCUCGACCGAAAUAUGAUCGACAACAGCAAGCGUCAUUCAUGGAUUCGCAAGCUAGAAACAAGCCUGCAGCAUGGUCACCUCAACGUUCAGUGAUUCUCGGUUCCUUUUCGGAUCCACCGACUUAUGUGAUACAUUUCCUUGAUACUCAUUUGACACUCCUACAAAAUUAUCAAAUUUGUUCCUUAUUUGGCCGUGUUCGUAUUCAUGGGUGUAAUCUAAAUCCAUUGAACUACUAUUCUGUAUACAACUAUCGAACAAACACGGCACUUCCGAUCGAAUUUUGUCCACAGACAACGACUAUGCUAGUCGAUGUGAAAACAGUGAUACCAGAUGAACAAUUAGCUGAAGAUGUUGUUGCUCGUGUUCAACAGAGUGGCGGUGAUGUACUGUUAAUUCGAAAAGAAUUGAGCGAGCAGUCAUUAUUUCUUAAAACUAUGCGAGAACAUCGGUUUUACAGCAAAUGGUUUAUGGAAAAUUAUCAAAUUUAUCCUCAGGAUCAGUGGAGACAAAUGGAACUAAGUUUACAAGUCCGUUUAAUUGAAACAACAAGCUCCAGUGCAGUUAUUCCUCGUGAAGAUUUCGUCUCAACUAUCGAUCGCAUAAUCAGUCGAUGGUUAUUGGGUGCGACCGAAGAGUUUGCUUUUGUCGUGAUAAUCUGCGGUGAAAAAGACGUGGGUAAAUCCACAUUCACCCGUCUUCUCGUCAACCGUGCACUCAAUCAUAUUAAUUCAGUGUACAAUUUAAUCUAUUUCGAUUGUGAUAUCGGACAGUGUGAAUUCACCAUGGGAGGAUGUUUAUCGUACCAAACUGUUACUUCACCCUUACUCGGCCCGCCUUGUUCGCAUGUUCAAACUAGUCCAAAACCAGACCGAGUUCUUUACUACGGUCAGGUUUCACCUCAAUCAUCGCCUGUGCGGUAUUUGGAAUAUGUUAGUAAACUGAGACAAGUGUGGAACGUUGAUUAUGGUAGUCGACAACCAAAUCGAUCGAUGAUUGUCGUCAACACGAUGGGCUGGGGAACCGGUCUUGGUCUUGAAAUAUUGAAAGAAACACUAUGUAUGUGUAAUCCGCAUGUCGUUAUCCAACUAACAGACGCUUGGAGUGCAUCUCAACCUCGAGAACAAAUGCCUGAUGUGACACUGGAAUGGCUAUUAAAACAGCCCGUUUUUGCACCAUAUCGCCGUCAAAUUCAAAUGAGUACCAGUCGACAAGAAGAUUACGAUGGAAAAUUGAAUUAUGAAUACAUCAAAUUACAGUCCGGUGCGUGUCCGAAUAAUCAAGCAAGACCAUCGUCUAGUAACACACAAAAGCCACGUCCGCGUGACCAUCGUCUUUUGGCAACUUGGUCCUAUUUUUUUUCAUCAAAAUUACAUCGAAUACAUCUUCCGUGGUCAGAAGUCAUUCACGUAUCUUUACUUGAGAAUACCAAUCCGAACGCAUUACCUGCUAAGUUAGAGAAAACUAUCGUCGGAUUCUGUUUCGAUGAGAACAUGAAAUUACAGUCUCAAGAUACUGUUGUUUCUGUUGGUGGUAAACAAUACAUAUUAAACCCGCAAGACCUUAUCAUUGAAUGUUUUGGUUUCGGUUGGAUUGAACGAUGUGAUACAGAAACGCAAACUUACGAAAUCUAUACACCUGUUCACUGCUUGUCAAAUAUCUCUUUUCUGGUUACCGGUGCGUUUGAUACACCAGAAGAGUUUCAAUUUGUGUUUAAACGUGUAGCUGUAGAAUAA